AUGGCCAGCCCGAGAACACGGCGAGUUUUGAAAGAAAUAAAGCCGAAAGACGGCAACAGUGUAAGUAAACCAAGGAAAUAACAUUUAAAUAAAGAAAUCCUUGUUAUAUUUUUUGGGAAAAUGUGACAAUUCCUUGGUUUCUUGUUCUUUCAGAGUUGUUUCGAAUGCGGGGCUCAUAACCCGCAGUGGGUCAGUGUGACCUAUGGAAUAUGGAUUUGUCUCGAGUGUUCCGGGAAACAUCGUGGUUUAGGCGUUCAUAUAAGGUAAGAUGUAAGAUUGAUCAAUAUUCUAGUAUUCUGUCGAUCUAUAAGCGCUAUUUUUAUUCCCUGUAACGAAAGGGAAAAUGAUUUUUUUGCGAUAAGCCGGUGUUAACAGCUUUAAGCUUACAUGCAACCACUCUAUUCACUCUUAUUUGCUGACGGCAGUGAUUGAGCAAGAAUUUGGUUAUUUCGUGGAAAGGUCUAAAUUGCUUAUGAUUGUUUGAUCAUUGAUGAGCAGAAACGUUUUGUCCCUUACGUCUAAAUAAUACCUACAAAAUACCAAAGAAUGCUUGGUAUGAAAGCUUAAAUGAGCUAACAUUUCAAGAAGUUAAGCUUUCAUGUAUUCCUACAGACCAUCUAAUUUUAUUUUAUGACUGUUUCAACAAGUAGCCAAGAUGAAGUGCAUUCUGAGUUCUGAUUGGCUACUCGUGCAGACAAGAUGAACCUUACAAUUUCCCACUGUCCCCGCAAAAGACCACUUUUUUUGGCCGUUUAUCCUAAUGAAUCUAUAGAUAUUGACCUACCCUGUAGGGAAAGUCUUCUUUUUUAUUCAUUAUUAUUUUUUACUUCUACUUUUUUCAAUGUUUUUUAUGCUUAUUGGCUUAUGGCCAGUACGCAUUUUGUCAAUGUCUGGUUAAGUCAUUAAGUCUGACUGUAUUAUUCUUGGCAUUUAUAAUGCGUAAAGCAAAGGUAUGGGAAGAUAAUUACCCGUAGAGCUCACAAAAUAAAUUUGUAAGAAGUUCGUAAGUUACAUUGUGUUUGAGAUCUUCCUUUGAUAACCGGUGGUGCUUUUUUCUUCAAGGACAUUGCAUAAUUUUGUGUGUAAAAAAAUUGUAUUGAAAAAGCUCAUGAGAUGUCAAGAUUGAACACCAAGAAGUAAUGACAGUUUUCAUUGUGAAAUUUUCAAGAAAAUUAGAUAACAAUUAUUCACCGAAGUAGAGGUGGCUAGUAGUGGAAAUUUACCGAGGCCGCGAAGCGGCAAAGUAAAUAUCCACUACUAGCCACCGACACUGACAUGAAUAAUUAUUAUUUUAGUAUAAUACUAAAACAGUGAGAUAAUUGAGCACAAAAAUGUGAUUUUUAACUCAUUUACUGUUGCCAACGAUUACAAUUUUGGCGUGCAAUGACCCAAUGGCUGCAGUCAUUGCUUUUUUUUAGCAACAAAUAAAACUUUUGAAGGCGUUUGUUCAGAUAUUGCGGGGAAGUUUCUCCAAAAGGAGUUGUGAACUCUUUUUGUAUUUAAAAUCAGUCUGUAAAAAAAAUUGUUAAAUUUAGUUUUAAGCUCAUUUAUGAACAAGUCAACUAAAUAAAGUAACGUAAGACUUAAGCUUAAUUUGCAUUUGUAAAAAAAAGACUUUUUCACCGGUUUUAUCGAUAAAUUCAAGUCAAAAAGACAAAGCUUUACCUGGUAAAACUUCCAAACCGAACUUCGUCAUCUUCUUCAUGUAUUUCAGGAAUAGCUUGCUUGAUUAGUUGUGAAAUUUCUUAGUUUGUUACGGCAGCAAACUGGGAAGGCAUUUUGCUCGCAACUUACGCGAGUUUUGCGUCGCUCGGAGGAGGAGCUGGAGGUGAAUCAGUGAAUAGUGCAGGAUAUUCACUGAUUGUGUAGCCAAUGUUUUAGUUUUAGUAUAUACUAAUAUGCAUUAUCCUGUUGUCUAUAAAGUGUGCAUGCACAAUACUGAUUAUUAUUGUUGUCGCAAAACAACUAACUUACAAACAAAAUACCAAGUAUUCAUUCCAGUGAGCAGAAAGCACACACCCUACAAGGCAACUAUUUUCGGUGAUUUGUUUUGAUUACAAGAAGUAGCGUCUAAUGACAACUGUCCAUUCCCAUUCAGGAUUGUGUACUUUUAGCAACAAAUAAAAUAGAAGACUGGUUUCUUAUCAGCUCUAGACUUGCCUAGCUUACAAGAAUAGAAACAAGUUAUGUCAAGUAAAUUGGGUAAAAUAUUCUUAUUGCAGUUUUGUCAGAUCUGUAACAAUGGACAAAUGGAAGGACAUUGAGCUAGAGAAAAUGAAGGUACGAAAAAGUUGUUUAUGGUUAGCCAAAUAAAGUCAUUGUCACAAUGUAAUCUCAGUGAUGGUAUCAGGGAUAUCAGGGGCUGGGAAUUUCCCCUGGAUACUAUACAAUACAAUACAAUACAAAUUUUAUUGUCAACUCCCCAUGGGGGCUUUUCAUAGACGAAUAUUAAUAGUACAGUUAAUCAAAAAACAAACAAACAAACAAACAAAAAAUACUCAAGAAUUGUCAAUAAACAAUUUCCCAGAAAAUAGACCCCCAAAAUACCUUAACCCCUGUUUACAAGGAGGGAGGGUAACCCUUAUGCUAGGGUUACCCUAGCAAGAUGGUUACCCCACCUGCCUUGUGAACGUUCAGCUAGGGAUAAUUCGCCUCCCGGUUCAAUUUUCCGCCAUGAUGUGUGACCAGUAAUUGUGCCAAUUUGAAUAGUAUUAUCCAAUUUCUGAGCUUAAUUAUAAACAUCUAAAAAAUAAAAAGUUAUUUUCUGUCUAUGAUGAAAAUAUUUUCCCUUCUUUUCAUGAAAUUAAUGUGUUUUCCAUAGAGAACUUCAAGUAAUAUAUCAAACAUGAGAUGCAGUGUUUCAUCACCAGAUGAAACACCGAGAAGAGAGUUGAAAAUACGACGCGCAGCGGAGUAUUUUUGACGAACUUCGAGGUGUUUCAUCUGGUGAUGAAACACUGUGUCGAAUGUUUGAUAUUUCUUCUCAAACAAAAUCAUUUUUGAAGGAGAAAUUAAGGAUGCAAAUACUAAGCAGUGUUUCAUCCGAUUUCCAAACACUCAUUAAACAUUCAUUUCCUUUGUAUUUUCUUAAUGAAUUAUUAAUGAGUUUGAGAAGUAAUAUAUCAAACAUGAGACGCAGUGUUUCAUCACCAGAUGAAACACCGAGAAGAGAGUUGAAAAUACUGACGCGCGGCGAGUAUUUUUUGAUUUUUCGAGGUGUUUCAUCUGGUGAUGAAACACUGUGUCGAAUGUUUGAUAUUUCUUCUAAAACAAGAUCAUUUUUGAAGGAGAAAUUAAGGAUGCAAAUACUGAGCAGUUUUUCCUCCGAUUUCCAAACACUCAUUAAACAUUAAUUUUCUUUGUAUUUUCUUUAUGAAUUAUUAAUGAGUUUGAGAAGAUUAUUUCAAAUUUUGAACCAUUACAAAGAAUGUCAUGCUUGUAAACCAGAGCUAACUUUAACCCACUUGCCAGGGUAACCUUAGCACAAGGUUAACCCUCUCUCCUUGUAAACAGGCCCUUACAGGUGUUCAAUUCCCUGUCUACUAAUAAUUAUUGUAUGCACCCAGCUAGGAGAAAUCUUAGUGACAGCCCUGAGAAUUAUGGUACUGAGGGAAAACUCUGUUUGGUAUGAUGGGAUUGAAAAAUUCUAUAGAGAGUUUUCACGUGAUGUCACAGCUGCCCUAUUGGUGUUCUAAAACAAUGAAAUGGUGGCCAUGUUGAUGUUUCAACAAAUCCUGUGGGAAUUGGACUCUUUUCUUAUCUAAACGCUUUCUUUUGUUUCAAUGAAUAUGCACUGUAGAUGCUGUCUUUGUUAGUGAAAAACGCUUUGUUGGGGCCCUCUUGAGAAUGAUGCUGCAAGGAAAUUGAUCAGUAGUUGUAUUCUACUGUUUGUUUUGUCAUUGGUGGAGAUUCAAUUUUUUUCAUCAUUUUAAAAUUACUGCACAUUUCUCUCUCAGUCUAAAAUGUUGUCUUCUUGCCCAAACAUUUUUAUACUAAUCAUUAUUUCUGGUUGAAAAAAAGCUGAAAAUAAAAAUAAAUAAAACAAGUAGGUAAUAACAAUAAAAAAGCAUUUAAAUUAUACAAGUCAAGUAUUUUAAAGAGUACAGUUUGUCUCAAUUGUCUCAAAUGAUGUAAUUUAGUUUUAAAGGUGUCCCAAUAAUAGUGCCAAUAGGCACUAGAAUGAUUAGACACUUAAAUAAAGGUUAUGUAUGUAUGUAUGUAAUUCAUUUAACUCUGCUUGUUUCAUUAAAAUAUGUCUUUCUAAAGUAACAACCUUUUUUCCACACUCAAAUGUUGGUUUCCAGGGAAGGGAUGUGAUUGACUAAAUUGGAUAUAUUAAGAGAGAAAAGGCGGGACAAUGGUGUGCCGAUAUAAUAUUAUAUCUGCACACCAUUGUCCCGCCUUUUCUCUCUUAAUGUCAUUAUAUCCAAUUUAGUCAAUCAAAUCCUUUCAGGGGCGUAAUUAGGGGGGGUCCUGGGGUGCCCGUGACUCCCCCUUGGUAGGCCUUCUUUUGAGCAAACAACCUACAAUAUUCAGGUGGCGAAAACACCAUGACAAUAUCUUGGCCGUAAAAGCCAUUGUUGAAAAGCCCACUUUUUUAAAAUAAUUAUUUGUUUUUUUGUAAAGUAUUUUUGUCAUUGGCUCUUGUAUUUAGUUAAUAUGGGCCUUCAUCCAUGCAGUUGACUGAAUUCAAGUGCCAGAGCUGGGUUGCAUAAGACAUCCUGAGAUUUUGGGGACUCAUAAGUAUUGUUUCAACUCAAGAAGUUGUUGUUCCAGAACAACAGCUUAGAGUCUUCUUAUGUUAAGAAUGUCUUGUUCAUUUUCAACUUCAUUUCUUACACAGUAGAUUUGUUCUUAUUCAAUCCUGAAAAAAUUAUGCACAUCUUGUCCCAUAGCUGGUACAUGCAUUUAAGCGAAAAAUCUCAACUGCCUCUAAUUUAUUACUUCCUUGAAAGGUUGGUGGAAAUAACAAGGCCAAAGCAUUUUUCAAGUCCCAGCCAGAUUUCCGAGCAGACAUGAGCAUAAAUGAAAAGUAUAACAGCAAAGCUGCAGCACUAUACAGGGAUAAGGUAAGAUUUCUCAACCAAAGGUGAAAUUUUAAUGAUUUAUAGUCAGUGUUACUAAUGUAGCAUUCUGUGAAAUUAACCAAAAAGUAUUAGUGUAGUUCCACAGUUUUAUUCUUUUACAUGUAACUUGCUACUCAAAAUCUGUUUAGGACAAACCAUUUUCUCUAUAAACUAGUAUUGGUUGUUGGCCAGAUCAUGGCUAGUGGUUGCUGAAUUUCUUGACUUAGCUUCUUUAACCUUUUAAGUCUUGUGAGUGACUAACAUCAAUUUUCUCCUAAAAAUGUUAAUACAUAAUCAAGACGAAAGGUUAUGAGAAUCACUAAAUAAAAAAGAUCACCAAAGAGAAAGCUUUGAUCUUUUAAUCAAAUUCUUCCAGCUUACUUUUUAAGGAAAUGUACAAAUUAUGGAGAUCAGUCUGAACAAUUUGCAUGUGGAUAUUAGGGCUUCAUGGGUUGAUUAAAUCCUACCUUUUUAUUGCAGAUUUUAACAGAAGCUGAAGGGAGAGCAUGGUCAGAAGAGACAUCUCCAGCGAGGAACUAUGAACCACCAUUAGCUAGAAGCUCAAGCGGUGCUUCUGUUGGGCGCAUGUCAAAUGGUUCACGUUCCAUGAGUUCCAUGUCCUCUAGCAGCUCAUCACCAGAGCUGAUGUUAGGGAUGUCUAAGUAUGAAUCACAGAGUUUGAUCUCUUCAUUAACAUUAGUGUCACCAUAAAAAUAAUAAGCAAGGAAAAUACUUUGUGGAACAAAGAGAAGAUAGGCAUUGCAACAAAUUACAUGUACACACAAAAUUGUGAGGGGUAGGAAAAAAUCAAUCUUGCUAUUCUAAAGAUGACAUUUUUAACCGUGCAACCAACCAUAUAUAAUUUUUCCAUUUAUGAUUGUUCAUCCAGUUCCAGUUUGAUCCUCCAAUCAGUUUUCUUGUUACUACAGAUUUGCAUUGACGCAUACAUGGUCAGUCAAUGCAGCAAAACCAACCUUAUAUUGUGCACACCUCAUUGCUUGUUCAGUAGCAGUCAUCUUGGAGGAGCCUGAAUUCUCCUAGUAGAAUACCCAAAUAUGUGCUAUGGCAAUGAUUUAUUUAAUGCACCCUGUACCCAACUAUGUGCUAUGGCACUGAUUUAUUUAGAUUCCUAGGUUGACUACAGUCUAGCUUCUACUGUGGAUUAUAAAUUAAGGUUUAUUAUAUUAUGAUCUUAAUGAAACAUUAUUGGUACUGGUUGAUUUUCAGCCACAGGAUGGAUAUUUUUCUUUUCAAAUUAAGGUUUCAGCCAUAACAUUAAUUACCUACUAUAAUGGUGUUUAUUUAUAGGCAAGAGUUCAAUGCUCAAAAAGAAGAUUUCUUUAACAGAAGACAGAUGGAAAAUGCUGCAAGACCUGAGUAAGUUCACAACAGCCUUGACCAUUUAAGAUUUUAGAGGGCUUGUAGCAUUUUGUAGGGCCCCACUGGAAAUCUUAAAAUACUCUAAAAAAAAAAAAAACCAGUAAACUAAGGCUCGAAGUAAUAAAACGCUAAAAAAAUAGAAUCCAAACUUGACCUAAAAUAGGUUAACUUUUUAAAUUUUAUUAUUAUUAUUAUUAUUAUUAUUAUUAUUAUUAUUAUUAUUAUUAUUAACGACACUUGCUUGCUCACAGAUGGAUCCUGUGUACACAUGCAAAAAUAAAAUAAUAUUCCUAAAUUUGUUUACUUUUUAUAGCAAUCUUCCUCCAAGCCAGGGUGGGAGGUACACAGGUUUUGGCUCAGCACCAGUUGCCACAACAAACAACUCAGGUAUGAACUGCUGAAUUUUGGCAACAUCUCCAAGCUGGACACUAAAAGUUUUACAGAUGAGACAAGUCAAUUUUUGAGCAAAAUAAUGUCAUCAUAACUUUGUUUGCCUGGACAGCAAAUUUGCUCUGCAUGUUAUUUUUUCUGUGAGAGAAAAAAAACAUUGGGCCUUAAGUGGACUGUCAAUAGAAGAUUAAAGGAACACUUAUCCCAAGUAUGUCUGAAAAAGUCAUAGGUUUUUUUGCUACAAAGAUAAAUAAAACUGUCACAUUGAGGCGACAAGAGUUCCUGACAGACCACACGACUGGGGAAAAUUAGAAUAAAAGCCUUCAAUAGGUAAUAUUAUUUGCUCAGGUUCCUGCUAGCUUCACAAGUUAAAAAGGUGUAAAUAAAAAUGCAAUCUCAAGCAAAGGGUGCAUCAAAGAGGUUAGUUCAUUUCAUUUUCCUAACGGUGUACUAAUUAAUUGCAAUCUUUCAACAGGUUGGGAUGCAGCAUUUUCAUCUUUAUCAUCUGUAAGUCAUAAUUAAAGUUCCAGCCUCAAGCACAUCGUUUGAUAAAAUUAAUGUCUCAAAUAUUCCAGAUAUGUUGAUCAUAUUAUAGUUAAUCAGAUAGUUGAAGGUGAAUUUAUCCUGGACAUCAAGCACAAAACUAUUAUUACCUUUGCUGCUUCUAUUGCCAUCCGACACUCGAAGAGAAAUUUUUUAUGUGCACGUGGCCUUGUAAUAAACUUUACACUUGACACUUCCUUUUGUAUAACAGUUGACAGUGUGAGCACAAAAAGCUUACAUGUAAGUACUGUUGAGAACUUGUUGAAGGCUUACUCAUUCAUUCAUUGAUUCAUUGAUUCAUCCAUUUAUUUUACCAUUAACCACGUAAAUACAUCUACAUUGCACAAUAAAUUUACAUAUAAUUAUAUUAAAGAUGUUAGACACUACUCUAAAUAAUUUAUGUUAAAAUUGUUCAAAAUGGUAAUUAAGCAACAAAGCCUAUAUAGAAGCUGGAGGCUUAUUUUGAAAAGAAUUUGCUAUUUUUGAGGCAAGCACCUGACAGCAGGCAUUUUUAAGCAUGCUUUGACCACAAUAAUGGAACAUCUUGAGAUCAGUAACACUUACUAAUGAUGUUCAUGCAUAACAGUAAGAGAGACUGAAAAGAAAGAAAAUAAGAAAUUCCUUCUGUUUUUAAAAGUGAUUAUUGGCUAAAAUGCACUGAUAUAAUCAUAUGAUUCCAUCAUUUACUUUACAAGUCAGUGGCAUUAAAUGAAGGUCCCCAGUUACAAAAUUAACAAUAAGGCAACAGCUCCCAAUCCAUGUUAUUUUUCAAAACAAACGCAAGGCCAGACCAAAGGAUAAGCAGAUUGAUUGACAGUGCUCAAGUGAAAUUUAAGGAUUUUUUACAAGCAUUGUCGGUGGUCAGAAUAAGCCAUUUUAUUUUUGCCAGUAUAUUAAUCUAAGCUCUACUUGUUACUCUCAUAAUAUUUAUAUUUAACAAAUCCUUCCAAACUACACUGUUGUUGUUUAUAGGGUUGGAGUUCAUUUGCCUCAAGUGCUGCCCAGUUUGCCUCAGUAGCCUCACAACAAGUAAGGUUUAACUCUUUCAAAGGAGACAAAAAGAUUGAAACUGAAAAAAUAAAGCUUUGAAGCAGCACCACAGAAAGUUAUAGUACUUUACUGCAAUAGUUUCCAUAAUGCAGUACUUCAGUGAACAGCUUGUAUAACUGUGCAUGUAUAGUACUCAUCUGUUAAUUGUUUCUUGUUUAGCAAUUAUGUGAUAGUUAACUUGAAGUCAUUACUUUGUAGGCUGUCAAGCUUGGAUCAACAGUUAAUGAAUCAGUCAUCAAACCAACAGCAAAUAAGGUAUGUACAGUACAGCACAAACUUUUUCUCAAGAUAACAGAUUUGUUCAAUACUGUAGUAAAUUCAAGGUUGAUAAAACCUUAUUUAAUUUAUCAGGCAGUUGAACUGGGAACGACCAUGAAUGAAGGUGUAAAGAAGGUCUCAAAUAGGGUAUGUUUUCGUUUUUCUGAUUUUGAUGAUACUUACAUGUAGUCCAAUUUAAUUUUAAAGUGUUAGGAUUCAUCAUUAGAUAAUUGUCUAAAAAAAUUGGAAUUGUUUUGCUUGAUCAGCCCAGCUCAUUGAAUAGCGCAGUGAGAAAGAUUUUUUUUUCUCUUUCGGUUUUACAGAGAUUUUAAAAAGUUGGUUUUAUGACUAACUGUAUUUUUUAUGUUAAGGUUCAGGAGGGCAAGCUUCUUGAUGACAUGACGACAUCAAUGUCCAACUUGUCAAGCAAGGUAUAUGUUGUCAAAAGUUGACAUUUAUGGUUAAGCAGGAAACAUCCUUUAUUUUUAUCACUGUUAUUACUGUCAGUCUGUUCCAGCUAUCCUGAAUUGUUCUAGGUAGAAAGAAUUCUAAAAACACUUUUGUGAUAGGUCAAAGAUGCAAGUACCAAAGGCUGGACAAAUCUUCAAAGUGCUAGUGUGAAAGGAUGGGCAAAUAUUCAAACCCUUGUCAAUCAAGGAGGGGAUUAUGGAUCAAAGUCUCUGACAAGUGGCGCUAGCUCAGGGGAUGGAUAUGGAUCUGUAAGUGGGACUUCAGCAUUUAACAAUGCUGCUUCAAAUAAUACAGACAACUGGGACUGGGAUAACUAUGCGGAAUUAAAUGGAGAAGAAGAUGAUGAAGGUAUCAAUAUUACAGCCAAAACAAAAGAUGAUGAUCAGGAGGACAAUGGUGAAAUGGAGUCUUGGGCAUGGGGCAGUGACUCUGAGAGCCCAAAACACAAAUCCCAACCCACAACCAAGAAUAAUGCAUCACGCAGCUCAAAGCAAAUAUCCAAGACAACAAGUAGUGGUAGCACAAAGCCUGAGGCAGUUACAAGGCAAAGUAGUGAUGGAUGGGGAGAUUUAAUAAGCUGGGACAAUGAUGACUGGGGUGAAUCUAGUGGCUGGAGUAACGAGGACUGGAAGAGUAAUGGUGCAAACUCAAAAAUGGCAACUGUUGGAGGAAAAGGGGAAAAGAAGGCUGAUUGAUCAUGAAUGACAUCAAUAAUUAUUAAUUAUUAUAAUUUCUUCAUAUUUAUUGCCAACAGCGUCACAGUAUGCACUGCAACAGGCCAACCUUAUUCCCAGGGUUCCACCUGUUCCUCUCAGUCUUUUUCUCUGGAAAUUGAGGUCAUUCAAGGCCAUUUCGAUAGAACAUUAAUUGUAAAUCUGUAAUAUCAUAAAUUAAGUAGUUAAUCUUGGUGGCAAGAAUAUGUACUUGUGCUUUUGCUGGACAAGAAAUCAGACCAAAGUUAGGUGCUAGUUUUUCCAUGAUCUGUACAUGUACGUAGUGACUUGAAUUCCCCAAAACAACAAAGCCUCUACUUCCUUGCGGUCUGUUUAUCAUAAUAUAUUAUUUCACUGUAUUGCUUUUGUAAGCUGUCUGUGAAACACUGUAUAAAACAAGACGGGAAUCUGAUGAAGGUUAGUUGAUGCAUAUGAUUAUACAAAGAUGUUAAAGUGUGAUAAGCUUACUUGACAUAUGCAAUAAUUUGGUUAAACAGGAAUGUACCUGACCUCAUGAUUUCACCAGAAAACUGCUUGUCUAGUCAUGAAAUUCAUUGUUUAAAUCUAAAUUAUGUUUUGAUUUACUGAUUUGAAUUACCUGAGGUGUGGAAUUUUCAGAUUCAUAUCCAUAUUCAGAUUUUGUAGUAAAAAAAAGUGUUUAAUGUUCUCCCGUCCAGUGCCUCUAAAGAUGGGGCGAAAUCUGAGAAAUUUACCAUGGGGAAUGUAGAGAGACAAAAUUUCUUUUGUUGGGGUCCUCCCCUUUCCACUUAUAAAUAUUGACAUGUAAUAGAAAUACUUUCAUUUAUUUAAAUAUUGCUGCAAUAAGAAAAUUAAUUUGUAUUUUAAUUAAUAGUAUUUAGAUUUAAAAACGUUCAAGGAUGGUAUGAGAAGUUUUCAUAGGAUGGUCAUUCUUUUACAAAACAUCACAAAAUGUAUUUUUUGCAUGGCUUUGGGACCUAGUGACUAAAAUCUGAUAUCUCCCUUAAAUAAAGGAACGCUGAUGGAAGAUUUAUGUCUUGCUUUUGUGGAGAACAGUGUGGUGAACAUGCACUGUGAUUUUAGGACUCAAAAGAGUUCUAAGGAAACCUCAUAUUUCUCUUAUAAAUUAUAUGAUAGCAGUGCAAACAGUGGCCCAUUUGUUUGAAGGCCAAUAGGGGUUAAAUCUUUAUCUGGGUUCCUG